AUGAAAGUUAUUUUUCUCUUAUUUGUGGUAGCGUUUGUUUCUGUCAGUGCUAACAGUGCUUUGGUUCCAUUCAUCGAGCCUUGUGGUGAAAACGAUGAGCGGUGCCUGGUGAGGUCCGCGCAGAAUGCGUUGCCGGUGAUGAGCGGCGGCGUGCCCUCCCUCGGCAUCAACCCCCUGGACCCGCUGCACGUGGACAAGGUGCACACCGACAACGCCGGACUCACUAUGGACCGGUCCGGCAAGCACAUGGAGCUGACGCUGAGGGGUUCGCUGGUGAUGGCGGGCGACUACACCAUGUCCGGCAAGCUGCUCGUGAUGGCCAUCGAGGGAGACGGCAAAUACAGAAUCAGAAUACGUGACAUGGUGACCAAGGUGAUGAUAGAGUUCGGCGAGCGUCGCGUCGGCCGCGACUCGUACUGGACGGUGGACAGCUGGAAGCAUACCUUCAACGUGGAGACAGGAGCUGACUUCAGGUUCCAGAACCUCUUCAAUGGAAACAAACAGCUAUCGGACGCCAUACAUGAAUUCGCGAACAGCAACUGGCGGGAGAUCUUCCAAGAAGUGGCUCCUCCGAUGGUGGAGAAGACUGUCGGGAUGAUAGUGCAGGAGGUCACCAAACUGUUCGACAAAGUGCCCAUAAGGGAACUCGUCAAGCAUUAGACAUCUAAUAUUUACUUAAUUGUUAUGUUUGUUUUAUUAAUAAAAGUUGAGUUUUUUAUAUUUUUUCAUUUCCGAUUUAUUUUAGGAUAGAAAAAAAUAUUAAAAAGUUGAAAAAGAAAUGUUGAGAAAGAAGUUGGUUCUACAGGUAGUAUAUUGCGAUAAUAACAUAGAAAUAUACUUAUAUUUUUAUAAUUUGUUGCAACUGUUGCAUUCUGUUACAUUUUUUUCAUAUUACCAGAAUAGUGUGACUUCGAAGAAACUGUUAUUUGUAUUUACAAAAACAAUUUGAAAUAAAAUCGUCUUGAUACUACAAUGUAUUUAAAGGCGAACAUAAAAUGGAAUAAUUUGGUUUUCAUAUAAAAAAGGAAAUUAGAAAAGUAUUCCCGUUUUCAUUCACCUUAAGAACUAUUGUUAACAUAAAUUAGCUCAAUAGCGAUU